AAAACAAACCUCGCCCACUGUGAAUUUUCUGGUGAAGGAGGAAAGUGAGCGUUCAUCCAGAAACUAUGACCAAGAUGACACUGGUACUGUUUCUUUACCUCUUUGUGAACAUUGCAAGUCAGGGGACGUAUGCAGCAAUUACGGCCACUGAGAGUGACUUUGAAGUCGAUUGCGGAACAGACGUGGGUGGACCACUCAGUGUGAAAUAUACAAACCCAGACCCCGGCACCAAUCCGGUCGUUAAGAUGUCCAGUCCUGGAAACAAAGCCACGUGUGCUGCCACAGGAAAUUCUGGAGUGUUUACCAUCUCUGACGCUCGUACAAAUUGUGACAUCAACCAACUGGACCCUGCAAAACCGGAAUAUGCGAUGCAAGUUGUCCUCCAAGAAUACGAUUCGGUCUACCAGAAAUCAGAUCCGGUGUUUGUUUUCAAGUGUUCGUAUAUAGCAGGAUCGGUUAAUGUAACAACAUUCAUCCCUGACGGCGGCCUACUUGGAAGUCCAAUCGCUGUUGACAAGACAGCCAUCUCUGGUCAUGACAUGGUGUACAGUAUCGAAGUGUCGGAUUCAAACCAAGCCCCAGUCACUAAGGCAGCCUUUGGAGACAAUUUAGUUCUUAGGGUCACAAUGAACGGCACAGAUGACGAUGAAAAGGGCAUCAAGGUUAAGUCGUGCGCUGUGAAAAGUGGAACUGUCAGCUUGCCUAUAAUCGAAAACUUUUGUGUGCCAGCGGACAAGGUCGGUUUGUUUAAACUAACUGGAUUUAAUUCAGCACCACUUUCAGCAGCGUUUCCCAUUCAGCUUUUCGCCUUGGAAGGGUCCGAUACCAAACGUGUGGAUUUUGAAUGCGUGAUAAACAUCUGCCCAUCAUCAUGCAAUGGGCCAAACUGUGAAACACCACCAGGAAAGAGAAAGAGGCGAGCGGCUGGUGAUGAAUCCGCUGAAGACAAAACUGUGAAAAUGGUGACUUCAAUCGAAAUUCUCUCUGUCGGUACAACUGCCUCAGAUUUUGAACUUAAAGGCAAUUUUCAAGGGAGCAGCUCUGAACUACCUGAUCAACAGAACGGCCAGCAGAAGGGCCAACAAAACGGUCAACAAGACUCUAGUCCAACGAUGUGUGUGAAGAGCCUUGGUUUCAUCCUAACGGUGACUGUCCUUGCUGUGCUGCUAUUGGUUGCCAUGGUUGCCAUGGUUUACUUGCUCACCACCAGGCGUCGUGAACUUCAGAAGCAAGGGGCAUAAACCUUGUGAUUGACAGCUCGUUUCUGCCUUGGACGAAACUUCAUGACUAAGCUACGCAGAGAUUUCAAUUCAUUAUUUUUUGUUGUCUUUUGUUUUUGUUUUUUGUUUAAUUUUCUUUAGAAGACUUUACAUGUAUGUUUACGUUUUAAAAUUUAAAGAUUCCCAAACCAAACACCAAACUUUGUUAAUCACUGCUAUUGAUUAUUCCCUAAUAAAUUGUAUUUCAUCCGGAAAGCCA